CUAAGUUUCAUUGACAGACCAAGAUACAUCAGCCCCCCCCAGAUUUGUGCAGUUGAAUAGAGAUCCACGGCGCCAUGGCUAGUGAGGCACCAAGUUGGGCAGAUCAAUGGGGUGCUGGAGGCAUUGGUGCCAUUGAAGAAGAUCAAAACACAGCAACCAACAAAGAUAGUGUCAGUGAGAAGAAGACAACUACCUCUUCAGCAGGAUUCAGCAAAGCCAAAGCAGCAGCUAUGGCCGGAGCACAGAAGUUCAAGAACGGAACCACAAUGAGCAUCAAGUGGGUCAAGAACAAAUGUCAAAAGAAAACCUCUCCCAAGUGAAUAGUCAAGUGAAAAAACACAUCUUGUCCCAAAAUCUAUUUAUUUAUUUGUUUUAUCAUUACAAGUUUUGUUUGCCUGAAAAUGAAUCAAGAGAUCAAACUGUUUGUUCGUCACCGCCGAUCGUAUGUGGUCACAGUGGUAUCUUGCUCAACUCCCAAGUCAGGGUCAGUUUGUGCUAUGAAACUGCUUGGUUAGCAUUGCAGAUGUAGCGAAUGAAUCUAAU